AUGGCAAGGCCCUUACCAAAUACAAUCAACGGCCUCUCCGAUUUGAAUAACUUCGAAAAUACAAUUAGAGAUAAGUUUGAUAUCAGUGGUUUCUGUGGCAAAUCUCGAGAAGGGUUUAACCGAUGUGAUUUGAUCGAGCUCUUGAAAAUCGUCGUGGCCAGAGUCUUUUUGAUUGCAAGAGUCAGAGAUGACGACCAUGGGCCAAGAGUUAACGGUGGCGUUGGAAAGACCAGCGAGGCCAUGGACGCAGUAGUGCUAGAGAUGCUGAGGACGAUUCCCUGCCGGCUAGUGAGGUACCCGAAUGUCGGGCCGGCAUACCCAUAUGAUUGA